CAGCUCGUUUUUUCUUAUUAAAAUAGGACAAAUAGUGGGGACUAUUCCGCAAUGACUUUACCUUUAAUAUACUAAAAUAAAGAUAUUUCUAACGAAGGGUACCGUUGUGAAUCGAAUUUGCACUCUCAAUGGAUGGUCUCUUAAUCUUAUAUAUUGCGCUGAUAAGAAAAUUAAUUUAAUGGAAUUCAUUGAAUUGUCUGAAAUAUAUUCAAAUUAAAUCUAAUUAUAUCUAAACUAUUUAUUUUAAAACAUUUUUUUCAAAACCGUAAUUUAAACACCAUCGUAGAACACUUUAAAAAAUGAGACAUUAUUAUGAUAUAAAUUAAGGAGAUCUUUAUUUUUACAUUUUGUCUUCAUAAAAACUAUUGAGCAUUUGCAAUUGCUAUGUUUAAUUUCAGAAAAAAAUGUCGUUAGUUGUUGUAUCCAGUUUCAUCAACUUUAAAUAAGUUUAAAAUUCCGGUUUGUACGACGGCAACCAAACCUACCCUUCUAAAAAGAGAAUGCAUGAAAGUCUUUCUGAUAGUUGAGAUGUUCUGAAAGUGAAAAGAAUUUUGAAUUGAGUACCUGGUAUUUUAUUUCAUAUAAAACUGGACACAAAUAUCCAAGAUCAUGUCUCAAGAAACGAAACAGAAGACAACUCAAUCUGGCAAGAAGCAACGCAUUUGCACUAUUUGCGAAAAAACGCUUUCAGACUCUAGCAGUUUAUCAAAGCACAUGAAAACUCACCCGGGAGUUCAAUCAUAUGCCUGCACUGUAUGCGAGAAAACUUUCUCAAACUCUAGUUACCUCACUGUACAUAUGAGAAUACAUACUGGAGAGAAACCAUAUGCCUGCACUGUAUGCGAGAAAACUUUCUCGAAUUCUGGUUACCUCACUUCACACAUGAGAAUACAUACUGGAGAGAAACCAUAUGCCUGUAAAGUCUGCGAGAAAACUUUCUCGAACUCUGGUCACCUCACUGCACACAUGAGAAUACAUACUGGUGAGAAACCAUAUGCCUGUAAAGUCUGCGAGAAAACUUUCUCGAAAUCUGGUCACCUUAGUGAACACAUGAAAAUACAUACUGGAGAGAAAGCAUAUGCCUGCACUGUAUGCGAGAAAACUUUCUCGAGAUCUGGUUACCUCACUGCACACAUGAGAAUACAUACUGGAGAGAAACCCUACUCAUGCUUUGUUUGCAACGCGGCAUUUUCCGUAAAAUCUCAUUUGACAAAUCACAUGCGAACACAUACCGGAGAAAAGCCCUACUCUUGCGACAUUUGUAAAUCAUCGUUCGCUGACUCUAGUAGUUUGUCAAAGCACAAAAAAUACCAUACAGGAGAAAAGCCACACAUUUGUCAGAUCUGCAAAAUGGCUUUUGCAGUUGUUGGCAACUUGAAUAUACAUAUGAGAACUCAUACCAAUGAUGUGAAAAAGCCGCACACUUGUUCUAUCUGUGCCAAAUCAUAUACUUCACCUGGUAAUUUAACCACGCAUAUGAGAACACAUACUGGAGAGAAACCCUUCUUCUGUUCGAUCUGCAGCAAACCUUUUGCCUCAGAAGCCGGCUGGAAAGUACACAUGCUAAGCCAUUCUGAAGAAAGAAGGUUUCCUUGUUCAGUUUGUGACAAACAGUUUAAAAACUUAGCUAAUCUGAAAAGACACUUGACGACGCAUACAGGAGAGAAACCUUUUUCAUGUCUCAAAUGUGUGAAAUCAUUUUCGCGAAAAAGUCACUUGGAGGUUCACAUGAGAAGACAUGAUGGUGUCAAACCGUAUACCUGUAAAAUUUGUAAGAAAUCGUUUUCUUCAGAAUUGACCACUCACAUGCGAAUUCAUACUGGGGAAAGACCUUAUUCUUGUUCAGUUUGUAAGAAAGCAUUCAAAGACUCCGGAACAUUAUCAACUCACAUGAGAACACAUACAGGAGAAAAACCGUUUGCUUGCUCUGUAUGCAACAAGGCUUAUUCUCAGUCUGCUGAUCUGAGAAGACACAAGAAAAAACAUGAAGAACAUGGAAACUUAAAUAUUCACAUGAGAACCCUUACAGGAGAGGCGGCGCUGGGCCCCCAAGCCUUUUCUAGGCGCAGUGCUGGACCAAGAAAUAGUCUAACUUCAACCCUCAAAUAAUAUGUAGGAUAUCGCAGUAGGUCGGAAAGUUAGUAGAUCAGAAGUUCAGUAGACAAUGUAUAGACAAUGUAACAUUACCGAACUGAUGAAUAAAACCUAAAAUGUCAAUAUUCCUACCUCAGAAAUAAUGAAUGCUUAAUCUCUUAAACCUCAAUACUCAAAACUUGCUUAAUUAAAAUGAUAUAAAUGUUAUUUUAGUUGACUUUAAGAACAAAGAAAUUACAACUUGAUGCUACUAAGAAUGCUUCAAAUACUGUAAAAUGUUCAAUGCAAUGUAAAAUCAAAUUUCUAGUUUUGAUUGUUUUGUGUGCAAAACAUUGGAAUGUCAUAUUUUAAAAACAACAAAAAAUAUGUUUAUAAACGCAAAAGAUAU